AUGGCCCCAAAACGCAAGACUGCCACAACUUCCGAAGAAUUGCCAGGAAAGCAAAAACGAGUACGUCAAGUGAAGAGAAACCAGGACGAUAAAGUCGAGAAAGAGAUUGGUUUCCAAUGUUUCUAUAGACCAAACAUGCCAACUCAGGAUGAGAUUCAUAAGGCGGUGGAGGAAGUCUCAAAGAUGGCAAUGGCAGUUCUGAAGGAGGGAAAGACAAUUAUCAAUCCCGAUUUAGCUGCUGUUCUUUUGGCUGAAGACAAGAUUCAACCAAAUGAGGAGAAGAUGGAGGAUUCGGAUGAUGACUCAAUGUUUGAGAUGUCGAUGGACAACUACGUUGAGGAUCGGAAAUUCAAAAAAAAUCCAGUAGAAGCUUCUUUCUCCAAAGCGUUACCAACCGAUGGUAACGGUAAUCCACCGUUGAACUUCUUCUUCCCGACAGUCUCCAACGUUGAUGGCCUCAUUGAAACUCAGCUUUCCAACUUCCCGGACACAAACCAAGAUGUGAAACUCGUCCGCUCUCAAAUCCUCGAGAUGGCACUGGAUUGUUAUUAUUUUUAG